AUGAUCCAAUUUUCCUCCUUUAAUCUUCUCUUAAUAGCCCUCCUCUUCUUGUUUCCACUGCUGAUGCUCAUCUGGAAGAGAUCCAAAGCCAAGGCUCUAAAUUCCAAGUUGCCCCCAGGGCCUUGGAAGCUCCCAAUUCUUGGGAACUUGCAUCAGCUGGCCUUGGCUGGUUCACUUCCACACUAUUCCCUCAGAGACUUGGCCAAUAAAUAUGGACCAAUUAUGCAACUACAGUUGGGUGAGAUUUGGGCUGUACUAAUUUCCUCACCAGAAGCAGCCAAGGAGGUGUUGCAGGCUCAUGACCUUGUUUUCGCACAAAGGCCUCGCACUCUCGCAAUGGAAGUGAUUUCGGAUGAUCAUCCGGGUAUUAUUGCAUCUCCCUAUGGCGAAUACUGGAGGCAGAUGCGAAAAAUUUGCGUGUUAGAGCUGCUGAAUGCGAAGCGAGUCCAGUCUUUCAAGUCAGUAAGAGAAGCCGAAACAUGGAAUAUGAUUGAAUCCAUCUACCACUCCAGUGGACUUCCCAUCAAUCUCAGCAAGAUGAUAUUUUCCAUGACAAAUGCUGUAGUUUCAAGGGCGGCCUUUGGGAAGAAGUGCAGGGGGCAAGAAGAAUUCGUGACGACGCUAAAUGAGUUAGUGAAAUACGGAACAGGAUUCAGUGUGGCUGAUUUGUUCCCUUCAGUUAAAUUUCUUGGAUUUGUUACCGGAAUGAAGCCUGCACUGCAGAGGUUGUACCAAAGACUUGACAAAACUCUAGGUGAUAUUAUUGAAGAUCAUGUGAUGAAGGCUAAGCACAUAGUAACAAGGACUGAAUAUGAUGAGUCACAAGAGGAAGAUUUAGUUGAUGUUCUUCUGAAACUCCAGGAACCAAAUGAACUGAAUUUUCAGAUCACAAACAAUCAUAUAAAAGGUGUUAUUUUGGACAUCUUUGCUGCAGGAGGGGAAACUGGAGCAGCUACCUUAGAAUGGGCAAUGGCAGAGCUGCUGAAAAACCAAAUAGUAAUGAAAAAGGCACAAGACGAGGUGCGACAAGUACUGCAAGGAAAGGCGAAAAUCGAAGAGGAUGACAUUCAGGUACUGGAGUACUUGAAAGCAAUUGUCAAAGAAACACUUCGGUUACACCCUCCGGCUCCUUUGUCUGCAAGAGAAGCCAGGGAAAGUUGUGAAAUUCUUGGUCAUGAAAUACCAAAUGCGACCAAAGUGAUCAUCAAUUUGUGGGCACUAGGGAGAGAUCCUAGACACUGGACAAAUGCUGAAUGCUUUCAGCCAGAGAGGUUUUGCGGUUCUAAUCCCAUCGAUUUUAUAGGAACCAACUUUAUUUUCAUUCCAUUUGGGGCUGGAAGAAGGGUGUGUCCAGGCAUAUCAUUUGGUGUUUCAAACAUUGAACUUGCACUUGCCCAAUUGCUGUACCACUUUGACUGGAAACUGGCAAACAAUGCCAGACCUGAAGAACUUGACUUGACUGAGACUUUUAGUGCCACAAGUAGGAUUAGGAACAACUUGGUCUUGAUUGCUAAACCUUUUGUCCCUCCUCUUAAUUAGAGGACACAU